UUGUGGCAAUUUGAAGGUUAAACAAAUUUAUUAUGGCAUCAACCUUUAUGGACUACAGUCUAUUUUAUCAUAUGCAUGAAGUGUUGGCAAGUAUAUGGAUGUAGAGAAAUACACACACACACACACACACACACACACACACAAAAUGAAUUCAGGGGGAAAUGAAAUGCAAAAACAAAUUGGGGGGGGGGACGCUGAUAAUUACAGCAACCAUUCACAAAGCAGUGUUGAAGAUAGCAAGCAUCCUGGCAUUUGUAAGCUAAUUGACACCUGUAGUGAGGUUAAAAACCCGUUAUGUUGAUUCAGACCACAGGUGAUAGAACCUAACUUCUUGUUAAGUUGCAACUCAUCAGUUUCACACUGAGGAUUCCCUCUGAAGUCCUUUUGUCCAAGGAGGACAAAGGUCUGUAAAAGAGUAUUGUAGGAGGUUGAAAUGUUCUCCCGCUGGUUGUUGAAUAUUGCCCCUUUUGAUGUCAAAUUUGUGUCCAUUCUUUUGCACAGAAACUGGCCUGUUUGUCCCUUUUAGAUGGUGCAAUGGCAUCGCUGGCAGAAGAUGGAAUCCCAAUGAGAUGAGCAGGUGACAGGACCAUUAAUGUUGUAGCUAUCACGAUCAGAUCCUGUUAUAGUGCUGCCCUUUAUAUUGCCUUAUUCCCCACCCCCUCAAUAAUACUUAGUGCUUAUUCAGGGGGAAAUUUAAUAUCCCAAGCCUUUUUCUUUCAACUGUCGCUUUAAGAAUGUCCAGGCUAUAUGGCAAGUCUGGAGACCGGCAGCUUUUUUUUACAAAAGUGUUUGACAGGAAUGGUGACGUGUGCGCGUUCUUGGAGCAGAUACUGAAACGGGAUGCUACCUGGAAUUGUCCUGUUGCUCUAUGUCAAGAGCGAAAACGAUUCAGUUAAUGGUGAUUAAAAUCCUGCCCCCCCCCCCGGAUUAUAUGAGGGGGGUUGGGGUGGAGGAAACCCUUGAUGUCCUGCUCCUUUAGCCCCAGAGGCUGGGCGGCUGAAUUCUUCCAUAACAGGCCUAGUUUAAAAGUUUGCUCCUUACGCUUUCACAUUGGAAACGACUUUUCUUCCUGGUCAUUUUGUGAAUGAAGGUGGUUCGCAGCGGAGCAGCUCGGCGGCUCCCCCGCCUCCCUCGAGUCCGGUGGUGAGGAGGGCGAGGGCGCGGCGGCGAUGAGCCCCCGGGGAGUGACGGGCGGCGGAGGCGGCCCCUUCCCGGCUUGGAAUGCGCGGCUCGCCACAUUGUUGCCAUUCCCAGCCGGCUCCAGAAUGUUGUGAAUGGAAGGCUCGCAGCGCAGGCCCCGCCCACAUAGAACCCCACCGGCAGGACUGAGGCCGCCCCCGCCUCGCCUGAUUGGCUGGGUGGGCCUCUCGACCUUUGAUUGACACCUUUUCCCCCCAGACGGCCCUCCCCUCCCACUUUCCUUUCUUUCCUUUUUUUAAUAUUUAUUUAAACCCCACGACAUGGGGGCGUGCAUUGUUUCCUCCUUGAGCGGCAGCCGAGCUCGCCCAAUCCUCGCCGGUCUCUCCCUCGCCGGCCACCCAAUGGGAGGCGAGCAGGUUGAAAAGGGAGGACCGGCGAGGCCGCGGCCGCCGAGCUCAUUGUUGUGGGAGCUCCUUAAAGGGGCCGCAUCCGACGCCGCCAGCGGAGAGGGAGGAACGGCCGACUGAGCGGGCCAGGCCCGGGCCGCCGCCGCCGCCGCCUCCGCCGCUGGGUUUCCGGGCAAGGCGAGCAGGAGAGGCCGGGGAUCGGCCGGGCCUAUGGAGCCCCCGCCCGCCAAGCGCAGGUGCGGCGGCUCCGGGGAGCAGCCCGAGCCGGGGCCGGGGCCGGGCGCCGCCGCCUCCGCCGCCACCUCGGCCCCCAGCGCCGUCGAGACGCUUCUGGACCUGAGCGCCCGGCGGGUGGCGGAGACGUGGGCCUUCGAGCAGGUGAGCGCAGCAGCUUCUCCGCUCCCCCCGGGCCGCCCUGGAGGCGCCGGGGCCGCUGCGUGGGAAGGAGCCGGCGCGUCCGAGGCUCCCUUCGCCUCUCUCUCCCCAAGAGGUGCCGGGGCUCGCAGCUGCCCGGCAAGCCUUCUUCACGCUCCCCCCUCGUCUCCCCCGAGGGGGCUGGACGGCGAAGGCACUCUGCACAUCCUCAGGAGCGCGUCCCUGUAUCUCGGCCCCCCAUCCGCGUACGAGCCCUUCCCCCUUCUAAAGCCCCCCGCUUUUCCUCCCCCCUCUCUUUUUCCUUUCUCCGACGGCUGCGGCCUGGCGUUGCAAAGCCGAUCCCGUGGCCUCGGGCCGUGGAAGUUGGGGCUGCCCGCUCCUUCGAAGCUGCCCUUGUGGGGCUCGGCCCCUUCGAACAAUGGGUCGGGGUGCAGGUGGCAGCGUCGUCGAGGGGCUUCCUCGGCCGGAUUUAUGCAGGCAGGAGAAGGGAACGCAGGAAUUCUGCGCGCCCCUUGAGUUGACAAGCCGACUUACUAGCCAGGCUUGAACAAAGCCGAGCCUAAUCUGUUUGUUUUUCUCUCCACCAAUCUCUACCCUCUGCCAUCUCCCUGUAGUCUUCGCUGGGGCCAACUCCUUUCUUCCUUUUAAUUCUCCCCCCUCCUGCUGCUGCCACCCUAACAUCUUGUCAUUCAUACUUAGUUUUGUAUGCUCUAUCUCCUACCAUCCUUUCCUGGGAGGUCAAAUUUGGGCUGGUUGGAUUAUUGGGGGCAGGGUGUCCCCCUCUAAGUAGCUUUUGAACCGGGGACAAGACGGCUGGUCCCAUGAGGUGGGUAGGGGACUAAUGGCCUAAAUGUGGCCUUGCUUGGUAUAUUAACUUGCGAUUUAGUGGACUUCCUCUAGGUCUCACCAGAGUGACUGACAAUUACAUUCCAGAUCUCCUCCUUUCCUUAGUCCAUAUACUUUGACUUAUUUUAGUUGUUGAUUUGAGGAGAAGCUCCAGCAUUUUUCUGACAUCCCUUUUUGUGUGAUCCCACCAGGAUUUACAGCCAGGCUUCCAAGGUCCGUUAAGAUUGGAAGAAAAACAUGAUUUUAUCUCCUGGCUUUCUUUGCGUACUACUUGCGCAUGCUGUGUUUUAUCUUCAUCUGUUUGUGAUUCUCUUUCACCCACAACCCCUGCCCUCUGUUCAAAUGAUGCCUUUACGCAGCUUGAUCUGGAGGAAGUGGUUAUCCUAGGGUGCCCUUUAAAGGCCUUCUCUGUGUGUGCCUGCUGAGAAAUAGGUGGAGUGGGUGUUAAUUGGGAUAGCUGAAACUAGCUAACUUUGGCUAGCCGAAAGAGCCAGGACUAGUCUGGGCAAAGCCUAGAAGAAGGUAAGGUUGUGAUACUAUGGCGUGGAGGGUGCAGGGAGGCUAGGCUCGCUAUGCACGUUCUUCUCUUUCCGAAAUUUGUCAGAGCCACACUUGCUCACAAUUCUUGGAGAUCAAAGCUCAGCUACUUCCUUCCCUCAAAUCUAAGAAUUCCUUGUAAGCAGCUGUAGUUCCAUCCAGGGAGACGACAGGGUUUGAGUUCUGUGUCAGGCUGGGAAACUCGUCAGACAAGAGUCACUUGUCACUGCCAUCAGUGAGUGAAACUUCCAAGUCCAAGCACUUGCACACCUGAAAUAGGAGGAAUGUGGAGGAGCUCUGGGCUGAAAAAGCAUAUCCCCUCCAAUCUCUUUAAUUUUCAAGACUGGAAAGGUUUCAUCAGGGAACGGUAAAAAGGAGAGGGGUGUCGCUAGGGAAAAGGCUGCUGUGUGUGCGAAGAAUCCGUUGAAAAAUUCUGAAUUCUGCUCAUUUAAUGGGCUAGUCCACAAGGAUGACUCUCUGGAUUACUUUGCCAGUGCUUAGAAUAAGUGUAGACUGUUUAUCAGUCAACCUCCACCUCCUCAAUUUGCCUUGGCUUUGAGGCACAUUAGAACUCUGGAGGAAUGAAAGGAUAGAACUGGGUAUCCCAAACCCCCCCUCCCCAUUUUGUCAUUUGGAGCAGGCAUAGUCCUCAUCUUGCAUGUGAAUUUGAACUGAAUAGCUGUUGUAAAACACAGUCAAAGAGUUGCCUUUUAACUUGGUACCUCGUCUCAAGUUCGAUAAAUGGAAUUCUCACCGUGAAGGGAAUGGCUUUGACUUGAAAGUGACAGGGUUGUAACCAUGGCCUAUAAAUAAGCCUUUGUCUUGAUCAUUUCACGUAGACCUGUGUCUGGCCUCUUCCACUUUAGGCUGCAGGUGGUGGUGGGUGUAUUACUAAAUUCUUCUCUAAACAAAUUGGUUUCUUUCACAAGGAAGAGGAGCACAUUUGGGAGAAGGUUUCUAGCCUAUCUUUCUCCCAGACAUAUCCCAUGUUCAAGGAAAUUUGUGUAUGAAGGAGUAUUCUAUCAUAAGAGCUCCCAACUUCAAUCUAAAUAAUAGCAAACAGGACAUAGGUUUACUACUUUAGUGAAAACUAAGCUUGGUGCUCGCUUAGCUACAUGAAGUGGCAGAGUCUAUGUAGAAGUUGUAGUCAAUUGUACAGGUCUGUGAACAGGGCUGCAGGUCCACUUGUCUGUAGCAUAUACCUGGUCAGAACUGGUCUUCUGUAGUUUCAGACCUUGAUUUUCAGCACUGGCUGGUUAACUUUCUUUCCUUUGUCACUCUCCCCCCCCCUCCCGGUAUUUAAAUUGAAGGACACUAUUGCCAUAGUACACCAUUCCUGACUGACUUUCUCAUAUUGUUCUUGGGCUGUGUGUUGUUCUGGUUCUCUCCAUCAAGUCACCUUAUUAAACUCUGUUCCUAGCUGACUGAAGUACAAACAGGAAUAUACAAAGGAAACUUUCUGGUCAGAUGAGGUGAUAUAGCUGUUAUCAGGUGAUGAAUUCUCUGGUGCAGUUUUAAGAGCAGUGAAGUUUGAUGUGGACGAGUCUGAUUCUUUAGGUGAAAUCCACUGGGAGGUUUGCUGUGCAAGCCCCAUUUAUUUAUUAAAUCAUUAUUUAUUUAUUCAAUUUAUAAUAAUUUCAAAGUUGCCCAGGGUAGCAGAUGACCAGUGAUAAAACAUCUUUAAAACAAUUCCAGUAUAGAUACAGACUGGGAAAGAAAAGGCUUGUUGGAAGGUGGAGCCCUUCCAUAGGCACCAUAGACGGUGACUGUGUAAUAUUUAAGGGGAGGGAAUUCCUAGGGGACAGGUGCCACAACACUAAAGGCCUGAUUGCUAUAUUGUGUGGAACAGACCUUCUCAUAAGAUGGUAUCUGCAGGAGGCCCACAUCUGCAGAGCCGUAUAAGGAUAUGCAAGGGGCAAGACGAUCUGUAUAGGGUUGUAUACAUCAAAACCUUGACCUUAGCCUGGAAAUUAAUGGCAGUUGCUUUUAUGAAGCUUACAUUUGUUUGUGCAGGAGGCUUGUGCAGGAGAUCUUCCAGUGGGUUAGUGGGACACAGUCCCUCCCCCAUUUGGAUCUCCCCCCUCCCCCCCAGUGUUUGAUUAAAGAAUAGCCAGAAGGAGGGAAGGAUACCAGAGGGAAGUUAGCACAGAAGAGAUAGAAGCUUAUUUAUUUAUUAAAUGGAUAUACUGCCCUUCAUCUGAAGAUCACAAGAUAAAAAUACAAGAUAAAAGCACAGACAAAUAGUUAGAACAAAAGCAAAACAAGACAAUAAUUCUCCCCGCUCAAAAAACAACAACAACAUAUUUAAAAGGCCAUAGAAUAUAAAUCAGCUAAGGCCUGGUUGAAGACAACGGUGUUUUCACCUGGUACCUAAAGAUGUAUAAUGAAGGUGCUAGACAAACCUCCCUGGGGGUGGGGAGAGCAUUCCACAAAUGGGGAGCCACUGCAGAAGAGGUCUACCCUCUGGACCUCUCAUGGAGGAGGCAUGUGAAGAAGGGUCUCAGACGAUGAUCUCGGAGUCUGGGUUGGUUCAUAUGGGGAGAGGUGGUCCUUCAGGGAUUGCAGCCCUGAGCCAUUUAAAGCUUUAUAGGUCACAACCAGCCGUUGAAUUGUGCCCAGAAACUAAUUGGCAGCCAGUGCAGUUGGGCCAGGAUCAGUGUAAUAUGUUAAAACCGUCUUGUCCCGGUGAGCAACCUGGCCACUGAAUUCUGCACCAGCUGGUUUCCAAACAUUCUUCAGAGGCAGAACUACAUAUAACAUGUUGCAGUAAUCCAGCCUAGAACUCUCUGGUCCUUAGGGAGACUGUGUGUGAGAUGCGUUUUGCCAGGAGGACUGGAUGAAAGCAGGGCUGAAACUAGGCUUUAUUUCACCCUGGUCAAAGACCCAGUUUGGCACCCCCAAACACGCACACACACACAGGCUGGGAGCCUCAAUGGUGUGCCUCUGGAAGCUUCAACUCGGACAAAAUGUCCAGCUAGCGCUCACCCCCUCCCCAGCUAUGGCCCUGGCAUCUGCUUCUUGUGUCAAGAGCAGUGUGAAAGGGGAUGGGGGAUGGAAUUAAGAAAAUGGGGAGUUAAAAAGAGAACCUGCAUGGAGACACAGGGAAAGUGCUGGAAGAGAACUUUGAACUAGAAGCCCGAUGCUGAAAGAGCUGAAAAUUUUGGCAAAAAAGGUGGUGUGAGAAUAGCAAUACGGUGUGUGGGAGAUGAAUUUAAUGAAGGCAUCAGAACAGAUUAAGUGGGAGAAAUUCCAGUAGUUAAGACGACUGCAUGGAGAAGGGGGCCGAAAGGGAAUGACAUAUUAAGACCGUGUGUGUGUGUGUGUGUGUGUAAGGAAUCCAGUUCUGCCCAAGUUUGGAUUGAAUCACAAGGUUACUUACAAAUUUGGCACAAGAGGAGGAGGGUUUAGUGAAAUUUUGGAGUCUUACGACCAUCUGCCUGUGCCAAAGAUUCAUCUGCUGCUUGUGAGACAAGAGUUGAUAACGCUCUGUUACCUGAGGAAACUAUUGGGUGGAAUUUAGGCAAAGUUUUAGGCUGAAAGAUUUGCUCAUUCUUUUAUCUUUAAUUUGAGAAGAUGGGGCGAGAGGGCAAGGGGGAAAAUAAGGCUGGAUGAGAUCUGAGAAUAUUUGUAAGCAGACCAUUGCUUAAUAUGGGAGAAAACUUUCGCCAGCGAGGAAGCUACUUGUAUUAACAUAAAUUAUCAAGAAGGGAAAUAAGUUAGGUAAGUGGCAACAUGUGGACCAGUUUCUGUUUUCCGGACAGAGUUGGAAUUGUGUACCUAUAAGAUACAUAAACUGGACUAGGAGGAAAUGUCUGCGAGUGGACUUUUAGGAGCCUGCCUGAUCCUUGCUGGCCAUUCUCUGAAUACCAAGACUUUGUGUGGCCACCAUUUAUGCUGAAGUGAAGGAAAAGUCUUUUCCUUGUGGCGUCAGUUGGUUGUGGCAACUGUGUGGGAGUCUGGAACCAGAAAUAGAAGAGAAGGCCAAUUUUGAGUAUCCUUUGCAUGGAAAUUGGUGUAUAGAUUUAGAAGUUAGUGUGCCUGUUGUGAUGCAUGUAAGAGAUCUGGUUGCAGCAGUGCUGAAACUUCUGGCACCUGUUGGCUGAGCUGUUCUGUGGUGUCUUGAGCGUUCCGAGAAGCGAGAAUGAAAAGGGGCACACAGAAUGUUUGCGCACAGUCUGUCACAGAUGUGGGGAAGUGGGAAGUCGGUUUGGCUGGGGAUUAAGUCACCUGCUGUCUCUAGGGCAGGAGGAGCUUUGUGAGGAAGGUAAGCCAGAUGAAUGAGAGUGAUCCCAAGAGAUGGAGGCUGAAGGGCCAGGAGACUGUGCCCAGGCAGAAAAUUCAGACGAAGUGGAAGAAUAAUCCAUAGACUGGAAUAUGAGAGAGGAGUUGGAGCUGGCUCCAGGUUUUGGAGGGCUGUUGGGCAAGAUGCCCUCAAUGCAACCCUUACUUGGGAAAGGCCACCUUCUCCUUGCUAUCACCAUGCUUGGUUACACAACUUCUCCUUUUAAGCCCAGUCUGCGCAGCUAUCCAGAGAGAACUAUCACUGUUCAUGAGCUUGGGGACGGUAGGCAAGAAUAGCAAGAAGGAGGAGCAGGAGGCUCCAGAGACUGGCAUUUGGCCCCCUGUUGCAGUGUAGUCCAUGGCAGGUGCCAACAACAUCCCCAUUCCCAGUGCUUCCCUUUGACCUAGGAAUCUCCUUUCUUGUAACUAGAAACCAUUGUUUCAAGUCCUACCUAACCUUCUGAGCAGGAGAAAAGAAGCUUUCUUCAUCUUCCAUGUAACAGCUCUAAAGAUAAUUGAAGAUGGCUAUCAUGUCUCCUCUCUGUCUCCUCUUUUCCAGGCUAAACAUAUCCAGCUCCCUUAACUGUUCGUCACAAGGCUUGGUUUCCAGACCCCUGAUCAUUUCGAUCACACUCCUCUGAACAUGUUCCAGUUUUAUAAAUAUCCUUCUUUAAUUUUGGAGCCCAAAAUUGGAUACACUAUUCCAGGUGUGAUCUGACCAAGGCAGAAUAGAGUGGUUCUAUUACUUCCCUUGACUUGAAUUCUAUACUUCUGUUGGUGCAGCCUAGAAUAACCUUAGCUUUUUUUGCUUCUGCAUCGCACUGUUGACUCAUGUUAAGUUUGUGGUUUACUAAGACCCCUAGAUCCUUUUCGCGUGUACUACCAAGCCAUGUGUCCCCCAUUUUAUAUUUGUGCAGUUGGUUAUUCCUUCCUAAGUGCAGACCCUGACAUUUGUCCCUGUUGAAAUUCAUUUUGUUAUUUUGGUCCCAGCUCUCCAAUCUGUUAAAACUAAUAUUGAAUCCUAAUUCCAUCUUCGGUGGCAUUAGCUACCCCUCCCAGUUCGGUGGUUUUGUUUUGUUUUGAGAAUGAGUGCUGGACUGAAAGGUUGAAAAACAUGGACCUAAGGCAUUUGCUGUUUGUCCCAGGGUGUUAGACGGUUUGUGCUCCAGCCCUUUGGGGUUCCUUUUACCCAGAAAAUCUUCCUGCAUCUUCACAGCAGCAGCAAUCCAGCUCUUUAUUGGUGAAUUCCCUUGAAGGAAUAAACACCUCACCCGUUCAGUUCUUCUCCAAAGUAUUUCUUUAUAUUACAAGUUGUGUAACACUAUAUCACUACUGGUCUACAUAAAAUAAAACACGACUGUAUACAGAGAUUUCAAUCCUUUGCCCUGAGAGACAGGCUCACAGUCUCUCACAAAGGCCAGCACAGGGUAUGCUGGGUAACAAGCCCAGCAUAUAUUUCUGAAUUCAGGAAAUGGAGGCGCAAUAAGGAGGUUAUGAUAUAGCCAUUCUUCCAUUCGUAUGCUGCUCUUGGUGUGCUUGGACUUUCCCAUUAACACGCUGGGGCCUCCCUGCCUUUGGGGGGUUGUUAUCAAUGUGAAUGUUGUUCAGGCUUGGUCUAAAGGGGAAUGAGGCUCCGAGGCUCAGUGACCAAAAUGGAGGGCGAGCGAGGGGAGAGAGGAAGGAAUUCCAAACUUACUUGCAUUAACUAGCCAGAUAUGCUAUGACCAAAGGAAGUCAAGAUGAUCACGGGACCCAGCUCUCACUGGACAGGAGCUUAGCAUGGUGUGUGGUAGUACCUGGCUUCACUCCCCCCCCUUCAUUUUAUCUGUGGCAGCAGGAACUCUCUGCUCUCUGGGAGGCAUGGGUGCUAUUGGCCCAGAGUAGGCUUCUCCAUAGCUGCUCUCCUUUUUCUGAGCUACGGGCUACUAACAAGCCACAACAAUGGCUUUAUGCCUCUGGUUUACGGUAGAUGAUGCUUGGCGAUCGCAUCUUUGCGUAAGCAUUUGCAUUCCUUUCCCAGGCCUGUCACAAUUCUGUGGCUUCCAGUAUCAUGUGGCUUCAUGUCGUCUCCACCCUCAACCCCACCAAAUACUUAGGAAUUCCAAUUCACUAGGCACCUUCUUAUAGUACUCAGAGGGGUGGGUAGCAGCCCAAAUAGCUGGCCAUCCAUCUGCUUGACCACAUUGGUGUCUAGGAAUUUGAAAAGAUUUUUAGUCAUACCCUGGUGUCAUGAAAAUAUGGUCUUUGUGCCCAGACAGCCAAUGCAGUUUCUCUCCAGAUGUUGCUGAACUCCAGCUGCAGUCAUCCCUGAUCACUGGCCCUGCUGGCUAGGGCUGAUGAGAGGGCGUCAAGCGCCAGCUUUCCCAUCCUUCCUGCAUCAAGGCUGGGUUGGGGACUGCAGCUUUGCCUUGUGAACAAAGUGUAUACAGUCAUACCUCCAUUUACGUAACCCUCUGGUUAUGUAAACUUCGGGAUGCGCGCGCGGCAAACCCGGAAGUAUUUUACUGGGUUUCGCCGUGCACGCAUGCGCAGAAGUGGUCCUCAGGUUGCGGAAACCUCGGAAUCCGACGGGACCUCUGGAACUGAUCCUGUCUGCAACCGGAGGUACCACUGUAUCAGUUUAUGGCAUCCCUGUUCCGGGAUGUCAAGCAGAGGGCCUAGCAGGCUUGUUUGGGGGUGGCCAGGGCCGAAAGAUGUACCUGUGUAUUGUUUUAAACAUUUAGAUUCUCAUCUUUUGUGUUAGGCUUGACAGUUGAAUAGCAAUAAAAGUAAAGCUCUGAAUAUAAAACACAAAAGUUUUAACAGGAAAAGGAACCAAGUCAGUCAUGAAAAACCCAGUGAUUGGCCCAGGGUCACCCAGUGAGCUCCACAGCUGAGUGGGGUCUUGAACCUUGCCCCCCAGGUCCCAGUCCAACACUGCUAUACCACAGGGCAGUGUAAAAGCUAAGAGUUGGUGCCAGGCAGAUAUCUCAGGCGAGCGAGUUCCAUCACUCAGGUGCCACCACAGAAAAGACUUGAUCCUUGGGUCUAAAGGUUGGGGCUGCAAGGGUGGCACCUGGAGGAUGAUCUUAAGAGAUGAAUGGGUUUAUACAGGAGACAGUUGUCAUUCAGAUCCCUGGUCCCAGGAUGUUAUAGUCCUAAUGGUGAUCUUAUUCCUCUCGUCCAGGUAGAAGAGCGUUUCUCCCGUGUCCCGGAACCUGUGCAGAAGCGCAUCGUUUUUUGGUCCUUCCCACGGAGUGAGCGAGAAAUAUGCAUGUAUUCAUCCCUUGGCUAUCACCCUCCGGAGGGUGAGCGAGACUCACGUGUGCCCUUUAACCGUGGCCUAAAUUUGUUACAGUCGGGUGCUGUUGACCGUGUCCUGCAAGUAGGUAAGUGGUUUUUGUGUUGGAUGAAUCUUGUACACUGCUUCAGAGGGUUGGGGGAACCCCUGGAAUAGAUUUAGGGGGCAUGCAGGGGUGCAGGGGGAGAGCUUUCUGUUGCACAAGCAGAAAUCUUUGUGCUGAUGGAGCAAUGCCGGGGGGGGGAGGAGGGGGGGAUGUCCCAUUCAGCAAAGGAAAAUCCUUGUGGCAAAGUUAAAGCAGUGAUAAAACUAUGCUUGCAUGCAGUUGAAAAGUCUGGAAUGGCACUUCAGCAUAUGCAUGUAUGUGGGAGGAAAUACUCUCGAAUUCUGAGUAACCCUCUGGUUACGUAAACUUUGGACUACGCAUUGGACUAUGGGACGUGAGUGGCGCUGUGGGUUAAACCACAAAGCCUAGGACUUGCCGAUCAGAAGGUCGGCAGUUUGAAUCCCCGUGAAUCCCUGCAAUGGGGUGAGCUCCCGUUUCUCGGUCCCUGCUCCUGCCAACCUAGCAGUUCGAAAGCACAUCAAAGUGCAAGUAGAUAAAUAGGUACCGCUCCAGCGGGAAGGUAAACGGCGUUUCCGUGCGCUGCCCUGCUGGCCACAUGACCUGGAAGCUGUAUGCUGGCUCCCUCAGCCAAUAAAGCGAGAUGAGCGCCACAACCCCAGAAUCAGUCACGACUGGACCUAAUGGUCAGGGGUCUCUUUACCUUGGCCAGUCUUAUUUCUCAUGUAGACAGGCUGGGGAAACAAGGGCAUGCGAUCUUGCCAUUUGUCGCAACCGUGAGCGAGGAAGAAAGCAGCUCACUGCUACCAUAGAGGUUUCCAAGGUAAUGGGGCAAGCCAAGUUAACAGCUGCUCAUGUAAGAUCAUGUGGCAGGUUGCUACACUCUUGCCAUUCUUGGAUUAACAUACAAAGGGAAUAAUGAUCAAGGCUGUAGUUACUUGAUGUCCCAAGUCACGUGACUUUUUGUUUCUGUUGCUUUAAAUAUCUGUGUUGUCUGUCUGUCUGGGUUCAGAAACUUUGCAAAUGUUUUAGGUGGCAUGAGUUGAAUGAUGCAGAGCGAAAGGGGGACUGAUUUCAGGACAACCUGGGAAGGGAAUACAUCCUUUGUUGUUUGUUCCAAGACCUAGGUUGUAGAGGAAAUGUUUUUGAGGCAAUCAAUACCGGGGCAGGGGAUGCUAAAUAAAACAGAGUGUAUCUGCCACAAAAAUACAACUUUCCCCCCUAUUCCAGCGACCCGAUUUAUGUCCAAAUGAUCUGUUGGAGCUUUCUGAGAAUGCUUCAAGUAACCAAAGGUGGGGAAUGCCAAAAUUGAAGGGCCGCUGUGGAAAGCUCCCUCCUCUAUGUCCUUUCUUUAUAUGCCCUUUUUGUAUGAAUUAAUGAAGGGUGUGUUUUGGGUAAUCAUGAUGAGGCACUGAGGCACUACUUGUAUAGUGUCUUAUGGGAAGAAUUGGACUCUGGAGCUCUGCAUAGCAUUUGCUCCUGACAGUUGCAAUCUCUGCCUUUUGCUUUGUGUUGAUCAUUUCUGCGCAAACAUGAGGCUUAGACUUGCUUGAAUAAAGAAAAGGUUUCAUUAGGUUGCCAAACUGUGGCCUCAGAUUCUGUAGUUGGGCAGUAAAGUUGCAGAAGGGCACACAUCCCUGAUGAGACCAGGCACUUGUUGAUGAUCUUGAGCAGAAAAACUUCUCUAAUAAUAGGAUUAGUUGCGGGUGGAUCCUUGAUGACUGUUGCUGAAAUAUUAAUAGGCUAUCUGUGAACUGGGCUGGAAAGGAAGUGACUAGCUCAGCCGACUAACUGGCUUUCUUUUGGCUCAAGAAAAUCUCUUCACUUUUUAACUUUGCAAAGUCAUCAAUUUGAUAAUGUAUUUGUGUUAAUACCAGCACUUGCUUCUUGUAUACACCCCUCAUAGAAUCCUAAAAUUAUUGAGUUGGAAGGGACCCAAAGGUCAUCUAGUCCAACCCCCUGCAAUGCAGAAUUCUGACGCUUGCAGACUUCUAUCAGCAUCCUGCAGGGGAUUGGCCCCAUAUAUGUAGGGCCAAAAUGGAGCCCUCGGCAUUAAUGAACAUGAAAUCUUUGCUAUGUUUCUGUUCCCUGAGCCUUGGCUGCUUCCUGUCUCUUCCUUGUGUCAGCCCACGUUAGAACACACGCGCUGCUGAGUCUUCCUGUUGCUUCGUUAACAGAAGUGCAUUGGGCAAUUUCUUAACAGCUGUUUUAUUUGAGCUCUGCUUUAGUAUCCCAGCACUUAUUACUUUACAUCUAAAAACAACAACAAACAAUAACAUCUUCUCAAAUGUCACUAGUUGAAUUUAUGACUUGUAGUUCAAUCCUAUAUAUAUCUGUUCAGAAGUAAGUCUUAUUGAAUUCAGCUGGUCUUACUCUCUGGGAUAAGCGGGAUGUUAGGGGAGGGGUACUACCUCUGGUGGGGGACACACGUCAUGCUCUUUCUGGGGUAGUUUGUCCACCUUUGGUCCCUGCAUUCAGCUCUCACCUGUGGUUCCUAGAAGCUGUUAGCGUGCGACAGUGGUCACAUCCCGCGAAUGACUUUGACUGGCUGGCUAAACCAGGUGAGGGCAGCCGAUGGGUCUCAAACCUUCAGUGAGUUGGGGACUUCUCCUACGUGUGAAGACAGGCUCAGUGGAUUGAGUGGAUGAGACUAAUAGUUGGGUCUAAUAGUCAAGAAGGCGGUUGCUGUAGAGGGAAGUGAGGGGCAGAUGGGGCUUGUCAACCUGGGAAGGUAGCCCAUCUAGGAGAAGGAAAACUGAUCCUAAACCUCUGCUGGCUUGUGAGACAUGUUUAGGAGAAGAAAAGACUAAGGAGUAAGCCCUACACAAAUCCAGAGUGGAGUCCCUUAGAUGGUUGGAUGGCGCCUUGUACACCUCCUUCCAGCAACACCUGCAGCAAAACUGGUGCCAAACAUAUUGUUCUGCUUUCCUUUGGACCACAUCAGCGAAGCCGAGAGGGGGGUCUUGUAAUCUGGGCAGCCCAGGAUCUCCAUACACGCUGCCUAGGGUUGUGCCCUGGAGAGGUUGCUUCACUGCUGCUAAUGCAGCAGUUUGACUUCACCCCUGGAGGCACACUCCAUUGUCUUUUGCGACAGACGGGUGUCAGCCAAUUCCCUGGUUAGGUGGAAAUAGGAUUGCAGCCUCAUGAGGCUGCAAUGAAUUGGAAAUGCCACGUUGAAAGUCCUGUUCUAGGUUUUCUCAUCGAUUUAAUUGCAUGGAAUGCUUUUUGUGUGUGUGUGUGUAAGCCAUGAAGUAUUUUGAUAAUCUGUGGCUGUGUCUUUAAGGCAGAGACUGUGGCAUGUGGUUGGUGCUGAAUAUCCUCCAGUCCAUGUAAUAUUCUUGACAACCUCUUGCUCCAGCUGCGUUUCAGUAGCCCUUACUUUAUUAGAAGGGUAUUUAGAGGACCACAACACUUUCCUGUCUACUUGAGCUUGCGCCAUAUGUUGUGAGUGGCAUGCUAGCAUUUGAGAAUUCAUAUUCUGUGUUCACCUGAAUGCUUAGAGAAAUAGCAUGUUUUACAGUGAAUGAACCUCGUGAAUGUUACACCCAAAACAUGCUGAAAAUAUAGAACUAACAUUAGGACUUGCUCUGUUUUUGUCGCAAGACUUGUUGGCAGCAGCUGUGUUUUGUGUUGGUUCUAGCUCUUCUGGUCUUUUCUUGCCCAUCUUCAGUCUGCAGUUGCUGUACUCCCACCACUUGCCUGAUAAUAAUCUGCUGACUGCUGGUCAUAUAAAAGCAAACAGAACAUUGAAUAUUCUGUAGUGGCUAGAACUCGAGAUUUUGGCAUAAUAUAGUAUCCCAGUGAUGCGACCAUGAAACACAAGACUGGAGGUCAAGGGUUCAGAUGUAACAGGUUCUCUUCCUCCCUCCCCCUUUCUAGUACAGUGGUAUCUCGGGUUAAGUACUUAAUUCAUUCCAGAGGUCUGUUCUUAACCUGAAACUGUUCUUAAUCUGAAGCACCACUUUAGCUAAUGGGGCCUCCUGCUGCCUCCGCGCCGCUGGAGCACAAUUUCUGUUUUCAUCCUGAAGCAAAGUUCUUAACCCGAGGUACUAUUUCUGGGUUAGUGGAGUCUGUAGCCUGAAGGGUAUGUAACCUGAGGUACCCCUGUACAUGUGUGAUUUAAAAAAACAAACAAACCACCAUGCCCAAUAAAGACUGAAAAUUAUUUUAACAUUUCUGUACAAUAGAUGUGAAGCUCACCACCACCAAUAGGGUCACUCUGCUAUGCUCAGGAGACAGGCUUCCACUUUCAGAUUUCUGGCCACCAAUACUAGAUUUACAUUCCUUUCCCCUCUUCCUGCCCCUAGCCUAGCACUGAGUCUUUUGGUAACAAAAAAGCCAACAUGGUAUUGGGUUUCCUGCCUGCAACUCCCCCUAACCUGUUCAAGGGAUCUUGGACAGCUGCCUGAGCUGAGCAGACUGCCAUGUCAUCAAGUCCUCAGAGCUGCCCCAUAUGACUGCUGCAAAUGUUACAGACUUGCUAACAAUGCUAAGCCAAAAGUAGAACUGAUGAGCGGAGCUGCGUGCCAGGAAAUCCAAGUUCAACUUCCACCUCAGCCAUAAACUUGGUAGCCUUAAACAAGCCACCAUUCCCAGGGGCUUGGCACCCACAACAUAGGCAUGAUCCUGGCCUGCCUUGCAGGACAGGCUGUAAAUACAUCGAGACAGUACGUGUGUUUGGAAUACUUGAAAUCUGCUCUGUGAAUACCAUGGGCAGACUUAGUUUGGCUGAUUUGCAAAACUCAGGUUACGAACUUGGGACCCAAGUUCAGCUUAGUUUGGAUCUAAGCCAUUGCUUUAUAUAAAAGUAAAAGUGUGAACUGCUUGUUGCAACAUUUAUUGGACAGAGUUAAAACAGAGAAGCAAGACUGUCUGGAACUCAUGCCCUUCUGGUAUGAAAACCAUUCUUAAUAUUGGAUCUGCGUAGGGUAUAGUGCUGGCUCAGUAAAGGAAUGGCAUUCUGCACCUACUGUUUUUUAAAGUAAAGCCAUGCCACUGGAAACAAGUUCGGGAAUUUUAGCUCUGGGUCACAUAUUAAGUCCUAAAGUUACAUCUAAAGCAGGGGUGGGUGGGAAACAAGUGGUUCUCUAUAUGUUGGAUGAUCUGCCCUGAUCAUUGGCCACGCUCGUUGGCGCUGAAGGGAGUCCAGAACCGUCUGGAGGCCACAGAAUCCCCAACCCUGAUUUUCCCCUCCUACUCGGUGUUGUUUUGGCCAAGCAAUAGGUAAAGUGCUCUCAGUUCUCUGAAAAGAAAGAUGAAGUAACUUAAACAGCUGGAUCUUGUUUAAUAAAAAUGACUUAGUGCCGUCUUUCCCAUAAAAAUCACAUUUUUUUCCCGAAAGACAACAAAUCUGGAACUUAUGUACUGGAUACAGACCAAACAUAACACUUUGUUAAAGUCUUUCUUUUAUCUCAAGAUUCUUCACACAUUUACAGUUCCAAAAUAAUCUGUUGAGCUCAUGUCCACUUUGCAGGCUUCCCACAGGCGUUUGGUUGGCCACUGUGAGAACAGAAUGCUAGAUUAGAUGGGCCAUUGGCCUGAUCAGGUGGACUCAUUUUAUGUUCUUAAUCAUGCAGACUGUAAACAUGCUUAGUUUUUCAAGCUGGAUUUAGUCCUAAUGGAGCACAAUCUGCUCAGAGUAAUCAGCAUCUCUCUUGGGAGGGUGCUUACACAUAAGAUGGGAGUGGGGAGAUAACAUGAGGGUGGUGGUCAAAAUUCAGUAUUUUGAAACCAGUGUUCAAAACUCCCAUUGUUCUACGCACGUUUUGUGACAAGGAAUUUCAUUGGCGCAAGCCGUUUCUGAGGAUGCAGUGGUGGGCCUAAGAUUUCAGAUUAACACUGCAGAGUGGAAGGUAAGGGGGACCUUUUUCUGCCUCCCCACUUCCAGCCACUCUCUGAAGACUGGAGAAGAGACCCUCUUAAGAAUAUUAGGGGGGUGGGCAGGGGAAGCAUGGCUUUAUUUUUUGCAUGAGAAAGAUGAACCUAAUAUUUUAUCUGCAGUUCAUUCAUUUUCAGCUUUGUAUUCUUGUUAUAAAAAAAGUGCGCUUAGACAUUCCGUUGUUGCGCCCAUAACCUAGGUUUAAGGUGUCAUUCAGCUCCUAGCUUUCAUAUCUCGGUUUCUAACACUGUUUAAAAUGCCGUGUAAAUCUGGGGUAAAUAACUAAUUGCCCUCCCAAUGUUUUGAACUCCCAAAUCCCAUUGGCCCCAGACAGCAUGGCUAAUACUGAAUGGUGCUAGGAUCUGUGUUUCAGCAAGAUCUGGAGGGCACCACCUAGCCAAAAUGUUCUGGUUGCCUCUUUUCAAUUUCUUUUCUAGAACUAAAAAGGUAGUGGGAAAAGAGCAAUUAAAUAGGGGUAGAGCCUAUUACUGGAACAGGUGGAAGUGUUUGGGGCUUUUCAUUUAGAAGAAAAGACUAAUGGGAAAGGUAUUUCUGUCAAAAUCCUGCAUAGUGUAGAGUAAAAUGUGUCUCAUUGUCCUAAUAUUGGAACUCAGGGCUGAAACUGGCUGAUAGACAUGGUAGACAAGUUUUUCUUUGCAUAGCAAGAGUUCAGUGAGUAAGCUAUGGAACUGUGCCAGUGAUCACUUUAAGGAAAGACAUUUUUACUUGAGGAUUAUUCUUGCGAUAGCUGUGAGCUGGAUAACUUAAUAAAACCUUCGUGUUCAGAAGUGUUUAUGUCUGAGUAGCAAGUGUUGCUACCUUCUGGUAACUGAUCCUGACCCCUUGAUACAGCUUCUAGCUGCCUGCCAUCUUUAACUGCCCAUUUUUAUAAAAUGGGGGUGAGAGGACUUGAAGCCAUCUCCCUGUUCUUUGAGCAGCUCAGCUAUGUGUGCUCACUAUUCAUUGCAAAUGAGCACACAUGCUUGCUUCAUUUGAUAGCAUGAACAGUGCCUAUCUUUGCUCAAAUGUUGCCUCAAAGACAGUGCUUAUAAAUGGAGGCAGUCUGCAUGCUCAGUGGAGAGUCACUGUGCGGUGUGUAUGCAUGUUUGAAUAAUUCUGCCUCAAAUAUGAGUUUGCCUCUUGAGUAGUUGCAGCACAUGGAUGCCCACUGAGGUGCCCUCUAGAUGUUGCUGGAGUGAAACCCGCACCAUCCCUGAGCUAGUGUUAGAAAUUAGCCAGGCGCCAGGCGCAUUUUGCCCAUUGCAACUGCAUGGAGAUCUCUGGAUGCCAGGUUGACAACUCCAUCUGACUGGCUCCUCCAGCUUUCUUAAGCAAAUAAGCAGAUGAGCUUAUUUAUUGCAUUUAUCGUUUUCUGCAAGGAGUGCAUGCUUCAUCCCCCUUCUCACCCCCUACCCUGUGAGGUAGGUUAGGAGGCUGUGACUGGCCCAAGGUCACCCAGUGAGCUUCAAGACUGAGUGGGGAUUUGAACCCUGAUCUCUCAGUUAAUAGUCUGACACUCUAACCGCUAGACCACACUGGCUUCCUAGAGUUCUUCUGCUAUGGGGCAGCUAUAUAAAUUAAGUAGGUAAUUAAAUAUGGGAUAAGCAAAAUGUCACUUAGAAAAGGAUCUGAAAUAUUUUCCUUGAAGCUUGAAUUUGUUUUAUUUGAUGUUUUAACCAUUUCAUAUUUUUUUUGUAACAUGGGUCCAAGCAGUCUGCUGGGAGUAUGACGAAUAUCUCCCUAAAUAAACUUAGAUAUAAAAGAGAGCAAAUGUGCGGAGAGCAUGCUGAUUAAUUUGGAUACUACCCCCACACGUUAUUUGAAUACAAAAGUCCUUUCUGUCCUUUGGAGUUACAGCUGUUUUGUUAUGCAUGCAGCAGGUAUUGCUAUUCAAGCAAGUUGUUGAGCUGUAUGAGAGCAGAGCUUGGCCUUUUAAUGAAAAUGAGGCUUUGGAGUUGGAGCUGUGCUUGCAGCAUAGCGAAAAGGGAUCACGGGCUGUACUGCUCUGGUGCAGGUGACUGGAAUGCUGCUUCCAAACGCUCCUGUGCGUUAUAAACUCUCUGCUAGUUAAAAAAAAGAAAGAAAGCAAAAAAACUAACACAAUAAAGAGAAUUAUCGGCAAACAUACACCAAAUCAGGUGUAAAGACUUGCCAAGAGAGUGAAGAAUAAUAAGAAUUGGGGGGUCCUUCAAGAUGACAUCCCCAUCCGUGUCUGAAGUGGUACAGUCCACCUUGUCACCUUUUUCUUCUGCACUGGUAGACCUAAGCUGAGAUUUGCCUUGCCACUAGCAUGUUUUAAAGCCUCCAAUCAAAACCAGAAAAGUUACCACUUCAGAUUAGACUUUGGAGUUGAGUCAUACAGAAGCAGAAAGGAUAACCUACCCUGCAAGGCUUGAGUUACCGCUUAUAGUAUAACGGAUGUGAAAUCUGUGCAAGUCAAAAGGUAGCUAGCUUCAGGUGAGCUGAAGUUUAAUGGUUCACUUUAGUAGUUCUCCUGAUACAGCAAUAAUAGAAAAAUGCUAAAACAAAAUAUGAUAAACAGUGGCAUGUUUUUACCACUGUCAUCUUGCAAUCGCCAUACUCCAGGUAGCUAAAUAAGCCGUAAUAGUAGUAGUAGUAGUAGUAGUGUUCCAUUGUGCCAGAAGCGGUUUAGUCAUGCUGGCCACAUGACCCGGAAAGCUGUCUGUGGACAAACACCGGCUCCCUCGGCCUGAAAGUGAGAUGAGCACCGCAACCCCAUAGUCGCCUUUGACUGGACUUAACCGUCCAGGGGUCCUUUACCUUUACCAUAGAGUCCUAGGGCUGGGAUGAAGCAAGAAGUCCUUAAGUUCAUCCCAUAGCCUCAAGCCAGGGUCUUCCAUUAAUGGCACCAUCAGUUAAAUGCAUGCAGCAUCCAAGGCGCAGUAGCUCACUUUGUUGCAUUAAACAGUAGCUUAAAGCUGUGAUUAUUGUGAGCAGGCUAUUCCCGUGGCAUUUCACCCCUGCUCCUGCUUAGCCACGGAUUAAAAACAGCUCUGAGGCUGGCUUGUGGUCUCGUCUGAACAUGGACCCAUUGUCAGUUCCCCCCAAAAUAAACAUCGAGCAAUAACCAUAUUCUUGACGUACUGCUUUGGAUCACGUGCUGCUUGUUCACGGUCAGUCUUACGCAGGAAUCCCCAAAGUUGGCCCUCCAGCUGUUUUGGGACUACAACUCCCAUCAUCCCUAGCUAACAGGACCAGUCAUCAGGGAUGAUGGGAAUUGUAGUCCAACAACAGCUGGAGGGCCGACUUUGGGGAUGCCUAGUCUUACACAAACCAGGCCCAGUGUGUCUUCAGGUGAUCCUGGAGCAGAUAAUUCUAGGCAACUCACAAAAGUGAAGUUAAAUAUGGGAUACUGGAGAAGCCUCUACCUCUUCUCACCUUUCAGUACCAUCUCCAAAUUGCCAGUCUAGAUUUAUCAAUUAUAUUUUAACAUAUUGUUUUAUAGCUGCUGUUGCCUUAAAAUAAGAUAAAUAAUUAUUGAUUGACUUCUCCUUCCGUUCCUGUUGGACUUUUUUCCUCCUCGAGAAGAGUGGCCAGGUUCGCCUUCUAGAUGACGUCUUGCCAAAGGCUUGUGCAAACUCAUUAAUGCUUCCUGCUUGAAAGUGCUCCAUCUCGUACAGCGAAGAAUUACAUUUGUCUCCUUUACAGCUUCAUCUCAUGGGUGGCUCAUAGCCUUUUGUGACUGAGCAGGAUCUGCCCAGUUCUUUCCUCAUUUGUUAUUUGCAGCUGAUGAGUCCUUUGCUAAUAAUACAGAAAACUGUGGUAGUUUCAGCAUAUGACUCCAACUCUUUCCGCUGUAGGAUUUCAUUCCAUUGCUCUGCUCAGUGAAUUAAUCCAGUUUGUCUUCCUGGUUCUUUAGAAGCAACUGCUUUUCACCUCCUUUCAUUCAUAGACACUAUCAAUGAACUCCUCCUACCUAAUAAAAAAAUAUUGAUUAAAAUGUGUCCCAAAACCGAUCCCUGAUGCUUCAACAGGUUUCUGUUUUAUCACAACUUUUAAUCAAAGCUGCUCCUUUUCCAUCUUUCUGUAGAUGUUUAUGCCAAUGAUGAGGGAACACUCUGAUGUACAGAAUAGCUAAAGACUUUUUGUGCCUAUAUUUAAUGCAAGAUUCUCAAUGCAUAUCAUUUUUCAGGAGCGAGUGGUAGCACAAACCUAUGGAGACUUCUUCAGAAGUAAAUACUGCUAAGUUCAAUGGGGUUUAAUUCCCAGUGUUUAGGAUUGCAACCUUAAGGCUUGUCCACACUGCCACUUGUCCUGUGGCUAUAAGGCAUGGCUCUCAGAGGUUUCUUUCCAUUUGCCCUGCUGCUUUCCGCUCAAAAACCCGCUCUUUGCUGCUGAAUUGGAGCUUACGUCAAUCCACAGAAAAUCCAAUUGAUGUUUGCUCCAAUUCAGUGGUAAAGAGCGGGUUUUCCCUGGGGGAAAGCAGCAGAACAAGUGGAAAUGUAGAUGAGCCCUGUGUGCAAGAAAGUUGUUUGAAAAUACCACUAAAUUGUACUGCUUCUCUUAUUCAGCUAUUCUAAUGUCUUAGAAGGGAUGUGGGUGGCGCCGUGGUCUAAACCACUGAGCCUCUUGGACUUGCUGAUUGGAAGGUCGGCAGUUCAAAUCCUCGUGACGGGGUCAGCUCCCAUUGCUCGGUCCCAGCUUCUGCCAACCUAACAGUUCCAAAGCACAUCAAAGUGCAAGUAGAUAAAUAGGUACCACUCCGGUGGGGAGGUAAACAGUGUUUCCGUGCGCUGCUCUGGUUUCGCCAGAAGCGGCUUAGUCAUGCUGGCCACAUGACCCGGAAGCUGUCUGCAGACAAAUGCCGGCUCCCUCGGCCUAUAGAGCGAGAUGAGCACGCAACCCCAGAGUCGUCCGCGAGUGGACCUAACGGUCAGGGGUACCUUUAUCUUUAAUGUUUUAGAACCAAUGUUCAAAGAGCUUUGACAGAAGUUCUGUUGUUUUGAAGUUCUGCAUUGUCCAGUUUAUUAAUUUCCUGGGGACUAGCUAUUUUAAUUUCAUUCCCCUUUAUUAUUUGCCCUUCUGUCCUCUGCCACUGAACUUGAGCUUAUAGCUCUGAAGUCAUCGUGACAUGUUUCUUGAAUAUAGGGCUGAAGACGGACCUACAGGUUACAUAGCAUUUGGAGUUUCAAGGAAAUGAUUCCACUGAAUUAUUAUGACGUAUUUACUUUGUCCCCUGUUUUCCUAGAAUAGGGGUAGCCAAAGGGGUGUCUUCCAGCUGUUGCCAGAGACCCCAGCCCCUAUCAGCCCCAGUCAGAAUGACUGAUGGCCAGGGGCAGUGUUAGAAAUUUAUAUACAGUGGUACCUCAGGUUACAUACGCUUCAGGUUACAUAUGCUUCAGGUUACAGACUCCGCUAACCCAGAAAUAGUGCUUCAGGUUAAGAACUUUGCUUCAGGAUGAGAACAGAAAUCGGGCUCCAGCGGCGUGGCAGCAGCAGGAGGCCCCAUUAGCUAAAGUGGUGCUUCAGGUUAAGAACAGUUUCAGGUUAAGUACGGACCUCUGGAACGAAUUAAGUACUUAUCCUGAGGUACCACUGUAUAUAAGUUUAUCACCAAAUGGCACCAUAAACCUAGGUUGUGGUGGCCACAAUGGAAUGUCCAGGUACCUUUGGGGGGAUUCUUUAUAUUUAUAUUUUUAUUAUUAGUAGUAGUAUUCAUUUCAUUUUUAUAUCUCUUUAUAUAUAUAUUUUUUGGGGGGGAAUCUCAGAGUGAAUAACAAUACAUGAAAACAAAGAUAUUUACAAAAUUGAGCGUUAUCCAUUCUGCUGCACCACAGAUGUACAUAUUGGUGUUGUGAUACAAACAUGCUGUUAACAGGACUGGGAGUACCAAAGUACCAAGUACCAAAAGGGUGCUUGUGAUCUCUGAAACGUGGGCUUUCUAGUUGUGUCCUUAUGGAGCCCCAUACCUAAGGCUGUUAGUAACAUUUCCCCCUCAGGCACAGUUUGUUUUUCUACUUUGCCUAUUAUAUUGUGCCUGGGCUGUGCCAGGGUGGAAGUCCAGGUGAAUUUGCAGAGCUCUAGGUCUGCUUUGUCUCUCUGUGGUUGAGGACAGGGUUGUGCCUGGCUGCUGUCUGUGUAGCCAGUAGCUUCCCCGUGCCAGAGGGCUGAGGACAAGCUGCAGGGUGUGGGGCCAGUUAGAGUGAGUCACCCUACUGGUCUGUAUGGCCUAGCUGGCACUACCAGCAAGGUGUCCUCCUUUGCUGUGCUUGGGCUGUGAUGCACCAGGGUCUACAGGUGUGGCCUUGGGCCCCACCUGCUUUGUCAGUGUGCCUGCUUUCGUCAUCUGUGUGUGACUCACCCACUUGGUCAAUGCAGCUGAGCUGCACCUCCCAGGACUUCCUCCGCCUCGCUCAGGUGUGUGUUACCUGCCUGGUAUCACUUCCAGGUUAAGCUGGAGGUGCAACCAAGAUCAGGACCCCGCACGCAGGUCUGGGCCAAGCUCACCUAUUUUUGAGUGGGUGGGAUUUGCUCUGGCUUUUCAGCAGCUUCGCUUGAUCCUUGGAUGAAGGACGGCUUAUCCGUUUAAUGAAUAAUAAUUUUCAAAAACUACCUGCUUUAAAUUAUCCACUAGGGUCAUCCCUGAAGGGGGCUGACUGUGAACUUUUUGAAUAAGGAUUGUGCUGUGGAUUGGGCUCUUUAGAUUUCUGCAUUGCAAAGGGUUGAACUAGGUGACCCUCAGGGUCCCUUCCAAUUCUGCAUUUCUGUGAUUCAUAUUUGUCCUGUUCCUUUUUCCAGGCAUGGCCAAACUUGGCCCUCCAGCUGUUUUCGGACUACAACUCCCAUCAUCCCUAGCUAACAGGACCAGUGGUCAGGGAUGAUGGGAAUUGUAGUCCCAAAACAUCUGGAGGGCCAAGUUUGGCCAUGCCUGUUCUAAGCUAAGAGGACUGUUGCGCCUUGUUCAAACUGAGCAGGAUGAAAGUUAAGUGGUUGGACUCCUGGCCUGUCAGUUUCCCUUAAUGUCUGUUCACUACACAGACACUACACAGAUUUGUGUUCAUGGCCAAAGCUAGUCCCCUAAAAAUAUGCCCAUCAGGCUGGUUUCCCCUAACCCUCUUGUGUAGCUUAAUUUGGUCAUGCUUUCUGUCUGCGAGGCCUUCACCUUCCCUGCAGGGGGAAUGGUCCUCAGUUUUUGGUCCUUUAGUCCUCUUGGUCAGGGGCAGACACUUUGUAUGUUCACUGACUGUUUGAUUCUUUUUUCCCCUCCUCUUUAAACACACAGGUUUCCACCUGAGCGGGAUUGUGACGGAGCCUCCAGGCCCCAGCGAGCCUGAGCACAGUUACCAUGUCUCCAUCAGUUUUGACCGCUGUAAGAUCACAUCAGUGAGCUGUGCCUGCGACAACCGGGACAUCUUCUACUGUGCCCACGUGGUGGCCUUGUCCCUGCACCGCAUCCGGCAGGCCCGCCAGGUGGAGCUGCGCCUGCCCAUCUCUGAAACGCUGUCCCAAAUGAACCGGGACCAGCUGCAGAAGUUUGUGCAGUACCUGAUCAGUGCGCACCACACGGAGGUGCUGCCGACCGCGCAGAGGCUUGCUGAUGAGAUUCUGCUGCUUGGCUCCGAGAUCAACCGAGUUCAUGGUAUGAAACUCUGUUUGGGUCCCCAGGGCAGACAGAGGAAGCAGCAGGGAGGGCACAGGACAGCUGCAGAUGUGGCAAGGUCUGGACAAGGGAUGCAUGGCAACAUCCCUUGCUUGCUCGUUUCCUCCUCUUGGGCAUGGAGUUGGGUGGUUGGGUGUUGGGGCUCUUCCAUGUCAGCUGCUGAAAAGGAACUGCCUAAAUUCUCCUUGACUGCCGAGUGAAGGCCAAAAAUCUGAUUCACCAUGACCGCCACUGUUACAAGGGGACAACACCUCUUACACAGAAAAGAGGGUGUAGAGAGAAUCUGUAUUGCAGACUAGCAGUGCUAGGUAAAGGGACCCCUGACCGUUAAGUCCAGUUGCGGACGACUCUGGGGUUGUGGCGCUCAUUUCAAUUUACUGGCCGAGGGAGCUGGUGUUUGUCUGCAGACAGCUUCCGGGUCAUGUGGCCAACAUGACUUAGCUGCUUCUGGCGAACCAGAGCAGCGCACGGAAACGCCAUUUGCCUUACUGCCGGAGUGGUACCUAUUUAUCUACUUGCACUUGGACGUGCUUUCGAACUGCUAGGUUGGCAGGAGCAGGGACUGAGCAACUGGAGCUCACCCCCGUCGCGGGGAUUCGAACUGCCGACCUUCUGAUCGGCAAGCCCUAGGCUCUGUGGUUUAGACCACAGCACCACAGUGCUACACUGCUGCAAAUGGUGCAACAAUUAUAUAAUGAGAUAUGAAUAAGGCUGGUUCCACCUGGGUGAUACUCACAUUCCGUGAGCAUCAGAUAAGCUUUGUAUUUCUAUUCCUUGCGAAGAUGCACAAGUAGCUCCUCUGAUGGGUCUGUCGUCUUAUCUCUUAUCAUUCCAGCUCUGCUUCCAAGCUCAGCUCCAAUGCCAGGACACUGCAACUCUCACAAUUCAGCUGCACAGGCGUGUUGACCCAUUUCCAUUUCACUCUUGUGCAUGAACUUUUAUACAUGUAUAUUCACAAACCUUUUAUGUUGAGGGGAUCAGGGUCUAUAUAUGCAAACGUCCUCUUUUACUUUUGAAGUUCAAAAGAACGAUGGUCAUAAUCUCCCCUCCCCCAACUCCCCAAAGGCACUUUGUUCAGCUGCCAUUUGCCCCUUUUCACUUUACUGGACAGGAGGUUGAACUCAAUUCACUUUUGUUAAACUGGAUUCACUUAUUGUUACACGCACUCGUGGGUAACCCAGCUGGGUCAGGUCUUGGGUGUGUGUAACAACGGAUGCUUUGGCCGUCUCUUGCCAGGUGCCCCUGACCCCACAGCCGGUGCUGGCAUUGAGGAUGCAAACUGCUGGCACCUGGAUGAGGAGCAGAUCCAAGAGCAGGUGAAGCAGCUACUCUCAAAUGGCGGCUACUACGGGGCAAGCAAGCAGCUCCAGUCCAUGUUCAACAAGGUAAAAGCCUCUUAUUUGUGGACCCAGCCCUGCUUCCUCCUCUUACUCAGCAUUGUGGGCACGAUUUGAGCCACAUCAUCUCUCCGGUCAGCCCCUGCCUGGUCGGUGGAGUAGUAACUCUGCCCAUUCACUUUGUUCUUCAGGGCUGUAUUUUUGCCUGGGGGGGGGGGGGGAUACAGUGUGUGGCAUGGAAAGUUGCCAUUGCUUGGGCAUAAGAGUUAUAAUGUUCCUUCAACCUGUUCCUAAAGAGAUCAGGUUUCUUGGGAAGCGCCUCCCCCGACCUCUGGUUCCUUCUAAGACAAAGCUUUUUAAAAGUGUUGGGUUGCUGACAUUUGGGGAUAUAGAAAGAUGCCGGCAGCAUGGAGAAGAUGAUGAUAACUGGUAACUAGGCAAAGUCAACUGGCCGUUUUGACAUGCCGGACUCUUGAGUUCUGAGGUGUCAACACAGCCCAAAGGAGGAGGGCAUGGGGCUCAGAGUAGCUGGGCUCAGUCAGUAGGUGGAGGGGUUUGUGACAGUUGUCUGCACAUGGCUUUACAUCUUUGGGAGAGGAGAUGCAGUUGCUUUCUGGAUCCCUUGGCCUUCUCCUUUCCAGUUGUGACCUCUCUCCUUUCCCAGGUGCGGGAAAUGCUGCGAAUGCGAGACUCCAAUGGGGCACGAAUGCUCAUCCUGAUGACCGAGCAGUUCCUGCAGGAUCCACGCCUGGCCCUUUGGCGGCAGCAAGGUGCUGGCAUGACUGACAAGUGCCGGCAACUCUGGGAUGAACUAGGUGAGUUCAUCUUAUGCAAGGGGUGGACCUGCCCUGGAGAAUCUAUGGCUAGGAGCUGUGUGCUUCCUGUCAGCGGAACUAUUCAGCUUUCUCUCCUUGCCUUUUUCUUUUUAAAAAUGAAGUUUCUAGUCCUUAGGAUUGCAAAGAGAAGUUUGAAAAUAUGGGCAGAGCCCACUGAAAUCCCAGGUGUUGGGACUUGCUUUGCCUCAUUUGGAGUUGUUUUUUAAGCUCAUCCCAUGCCAAAAUGAUGUGAGCAGUUUGCAGUGUUGAAACACGAUAAAGAAGCAAUAUUUUUUAAAAAGAUAACAUCCACUGAUUCCACGAUCGGCUGAAUUCUUAGUUGAAAUUGCUCCCCUCACACUCUCCUUUCAGUCAGUUCCAUGUUUUGGGCAGAAAAGAAAAUCUGAAACAGUUUUCUUAGCCUGCAGGCAGUACUUAAGCAAAGAUGGUGCCAGAGGUCCUUCACAAGAUGAUUAACAGCUGACUUCUCAGCUGUUUAAAGACUGACCCAUGGCAGAGUGCAACAUUAUAUGGAGAGAUUUAAAAGGAACUACGCAGUCUGUAGCCGUGUCAUUAAUACCCCAAGCCUGCCUUCUGAUGACAUUGUGUUGGAUUUGGGAGGAAGAGAAGGCAGUUUCUUGGGGUGUGCUGGCCAAUACUCCUUGAGCAGAAUUCUGCCCUUAGAGGUGCCCCUAUAUUUUGCCUUUAAACUCCCUGGCCUCCUGUAUCCCUGCUUUGGUGAAUCCUCCCAGUUCUGUUGCAACCUGUUUGCUAGAUACUCUGAUAUUUUGUUGUUUGUUGCUGUCUGUCUUUCAUACUGGAGCUCAAGGCUGCAAUAUGUGUGGACCCCAGCGCAAUUGCUGCACCCUGUGGCCCUAAGGCAGUGAGCCUGAUCCCUGGCUUAUCACACAGCUUUAUUGCAGUCCAUAGACCCAAAAUACACAGUUCAACAAUAGUAUAUUGUUAUUGAGAUAUAAAAUCAGCCGUCCUAGCCAACAGAGGAGCUUUAGUCUGUACAUACCGAUUUCUCAUUUUUACUGCCUCCGAGAGGAAUUUUGCUACAGACAGUGUAAUAGUAUCAAACUUAUCCUCAAGGAGAACCUGGACAUUCCAGGUUGUUCUAUUAGUAUUAGAUUGAUUAGAUGUUGUCUAGCCCUGUUUAUACAGACUACAAUGCAAUAAAAUGUGUUCCAUACAUUCAACACCCUGGGAACAUAGGCACAGCCUAUCUUGGUAUGGGACACCAGCCAAUCUUCCCCAUAGCACUUCAGAAGGGAAAACAUUUAACCCAACUUUAGAAAACAGACGAAAGUUAACCUGGCUGUUCUCCCUGCCCCCUUUCUCAUUGUGCCCCAGGCGCCUUGUGGGUUUGUGUGGUCCUGAGCCCUCACUGCAAGCUGGAGGAGCGGACUCUGUGGCUGCAGCUUCUGAAGAAGUGGAACAAGCUGGACAUCUGUCCCCUGGAGGAGGGAAACUACUCCUGCGACAGCAGCGGAGCCAACAGCACUUUGCCGCCGAACCCAAACCGCAGUGCAGGUAAGGGAAGCCCAGGCCAGAACAUCGGGGGCCGGGGGGGGGGUCAGAGUUCCUGGUCCUGGGCUUGAUUGCCUUCCCCUACAAUCUCUUGGCGAUCAUGGCUAGUAGUCACUAAAGUCAUUGUCACAGGCAGUACGCUAGGGAGUGUGUUUGGGGAGAACGUUAUUGCAGCCAGCACUCUGCAUCUAACACUCAUGCAGUCUACCUCCUGUGACCUACAAUAUAGGAUUUAUUGCAGUGAUCUAUGGUACAGUUGCCAGAGUCCCAAAAGUGAAAAUCCGGACAAAGUUGUAGACCUUUUUUUAACCCCCCCCCCCAGCUUUUUUCUUAAAAAAUCACCCUAGUUGCCAUACGUCUGGGUUUCCCCGGACAUUUUGUCGAUUCGUCAAAAAUCCGCCAGGACACCAUUUUGACAGUCCGAUUCCCGGAUGUGUCCUAGAAGACCUGGACAUAUGGCAGCUCUAAUUUAUAGAGGUAACAUACGUGAAGUGUCAUAUCAUCAUUAAGAUCUUACUGAGAUAUGCAAUGACAAGCAAGUUUAUGAGAAUUUGGUAUGCAGCUCUUGCUGACGAAAGAGAGAAAAAUAAGGAGGAUUGUAUCCUUCUUAUUUUAUAAAUCUGUGCACACCCAGAGCUCCUGACCCCAUUGUCCCAGUGCUCCUUUUGGAGAGGUGCCCUGUCCUCAAAUAUAUUCCCAGCUCCAGAUUUGUGCAGCCCACAUUUCUGUGAUGACGAAAGCAAACAAAAUUUAGCACUGAGGAUCCGUUUCUAUUUUAAUUUGAAAUGUAAUUUGUUAUUGAUGUUACGUUUUAGAAAAGCAUUCUAGUUAGAUUUAAACCAGUGUUUUUGUUGGAGGAGGAGCCUGGUGCUUUUCUGGGCCCAAAUUCUUCUGUAAUUUUCACCCUCCCUGCUCUGGCCUGUCUCCUCCUUGUCAGCUGGUGUUCGGCAGACCGUCUUUGGCCGCGCUAUCAAGGCUGCAGAGCUUCGCUGGGGUGAUUGUCACCUGCAGAAGAUCUUGAGCAGUGACUGCUACGGUGUCUCCUUGAAGAGUGGAAGCGACAAGCUGGGCUUUGACCCCCAGGGCCACCCGCUCUGGCUGGGCGAUGCCUUCCCCAUGGCCUGCGCACGAGUGGACGCCUUGCGCUCCCACGGUUACCCCCGAGAGGCCCUGCGCCUGGCUGUGGCUGUGGUCAACGCCAUGCGCUUGCAGCGACGCCAUCAGCUGGAGAGCUACAAGCAACAGAAGAAAGGCAAGCGGGGCGUAGCACACUGGGAUGGGAGGGAAGGAAGGAAGGAGGCAAAGUUUGGUAGCAGAGCCCAGGCCUCGCCAUCGCGGCAGGACUGCAAAAGAGACACUGGAGCUUGGAGAAAGAUAGGGGUUCUCUGCUACUUCCAGGGUGCUUCUGAGGUCAGGUCCCAGAGUGGGCAAUGGAGCAAUCCUGGUCCAAAAAUGCACUUGCUGGUGAGGAACUGGCACGUGUCGCAGUGGGUUUCUGUUCAUUGAAAGCAGCAGAGAACAGUUGAGACACACGGUCUUGUGAGUUUGAGCAGUGAUGGUCCUGGAGGUGACGGAGGCAGCUGCCGGCCUUUUCCACGACUGCUUAAGCACACAGCAUUGUUUUCGGGGACUGAUGUUUGGGGUGGGGCUGCUUGGGCUUGGGUCUUGGUGUCUGAAGUAUCCCUUCCUCUUCUCUUCCGCCACCCAGAGCUCUUGCACAAAGGCACAACCAGCAUCACCAACCUGGAGGGAUGGGUAGGGCACCCCCUGGACCCCAUCGGUUGUCUCUGCCGCACCUUCCUGGAGGCCUGCCGGAUGGAUGAUGAGGUGCUGGCCCUCUACCCAGGUACUGUGGGCACAUGGGGGAAAUGGGGGGGGGGGAGGAGCUGCAAGGCUCUUCUUCAUAGCUGAGCAUCACUGGCGCCUGGUCUAUAGAUCCGCCAGAGAUUAACUGACCGUAGCUGAGGUUCUGAUAGCCAGAGACCACUUUUGGGCCAUGGUGGUGUGAAAGGGGAGGAAGUUAGUUAGAAGUCAGACUACCCUCCACCAGUGCCAGGACCUUUUCCGCGAUGGCUCCGACCUGGUGGAAUGCUCUGUCCCAUGAGACUAGGGCCCUUCAGGAUUUAACCUCCUUCCAUCGGGCUUGUAAGACAGAGCUAUUCCGCCUGGCCUUUAAUUUGAAUUCAUCCUGAUCUUUUAUUUCCCUUCUCUUCCCUCCCCCUCCCCUUUUAUGAAGAUCACCUGCUCUGAGACCCCACAGCUAAUUCUCCCCUGGCCUCCUCGCCGGCCCAAGUAGGACCAAUUCAGCCAGCUAGCCCUGGGGAUUAUCUAAUUGAUUUUUGAUUUUUAUUGUUAUUCAUGUUUUUAUACUGUAUUUUAUGCUGCUUUUAUAAUUAAGUGUUUUAAAGUGUUUUAAAUUUGUUGUUAGCCGCCCUGAGCCCGGUUUUUGAACCGGGAAGGGCGGGGUAUAAAUAAAAAAUUAUUAUUAUUAUUCUGUGGCCAUAUGAGGAAAGGGCUCUGCACAUGUUGGGUUGUGCCUGUGCAGGAGCUUACCCUUGUCUAGCCAGGUUGCGGCAUGGCCCCACACAGGCUUGCUGCAGCGGUGGGGCAGCUGCCUUAUGUGAGCACAGCUGUGGGAGCUGGGGGCUCUGUUCCUGCUCUGUGGUCCUACCUGUGCCACCUCUCCCCAGAUUCUGCAUCGGAGCCCAAGAAGGCACUCUACCAGCACAUUCCAGUGCCCUCAAGUCCUGGUGAGUCGUACUUCAUGCUGGCCCUGGAGGUGGCGCUCUUGGGGCUCGGGCAGCAGAGGUCCAUGCCAGAGGGGCUCUACGCCCAGGACAAAGUGGUGCGGAGUGAGGAGCAGCUGAUUGGACUCCUGGACGAGAUGGAGCUGGAUGAGCGGCUGGUUCCUGUGCUCCGCAAGCAGGUGGCCCUGCUCCUGGAUGGUAAGGGGGCGAUGGGCUGGGGGUUCCAUGGGUCCCGUAGACCUGACACUCCCUCACCAUGCCUCUGAAGGGAGCGGAGGAGGUAGCGAGGGUCUCCCAGGGUGGCAGCAAGGGAUUUGUUCUUGGGCGAUGGAGAAUAGAUGGGGUGCAGGGAAAGUAGAAGGCCUCUUGAGCGCCUUCAACGUUGGGUGCUUAAGAGAGAACCCGUGUGGUAGAGUGGGGAAUGUGACAUGUCGGACUAGGACCUGGAAGAUUGUGGAUGAAAGCCCUACUCAGGUGUGGAGGACUCCCUGGUCCUGAAUGGGGUAACUGUGACCCUGAAGGACCAGGUGCACAGCCUGGGAGUCAGUUUGGACUCACAGCUGUCCAUGGAGGUGCAGGUCAAUUCUGUGUCCAGGGCAGCUGUUUAUCAGCUCCAUCUGGUACGCAGGCUGAGACCCUACCUGUCCGUGGACUGUCUUGCCAGAGUGGUGCAUGCUCUGGUUAUCUCCCGCUUGGACUACUACAAUGCGCUCUACCUUUCCAAGCUCAAAACGGCCUUCCAGCGGUUCCCUCACUGUGAGAAGCGAGGUUACUGGGAACCAGGCAGAGGGCCUUCUUGAUAGUGGCGCCUGCCCUGUGGAAUGCCCUCCCAUCAGAUGUCAAGGAAAUAAACAACUCUCCGACUUUUAGAAGACAUCUGAAGGCAGCCCUGCUUAGGGAAGUUUUUAACGUUUGAUGUUUUAUUGUGUUUUUAAUAUUCUGCUGGGAGCCACCCAGAGUGGCUGGGGAAACCCAGCCAGAUGGGCGGGGUAUAAAUAAAAUAAUAAUAAUAAUAAUAAAAAUAUUACACUCCCUGGGUGACCUUGGGCCAGCCGCUAUCUGUCCCCAUCACUUGAACAUGAACCUGACUUGCAACAUGCUGACAGUUGGAUGCAGGCUCAGAUGUUGAGUCGCUGGCAGAGAGAGGGGUUGGUUGUGUUGGGGAUGCUGAGUCCCCUGGGGAUCGGGGCCCUGCGUGAUGUUACUGCUCUGCGGUGGCAGCCUGCUGGGAUACAGAGAAGGACCAGUGAUACCAGCUGGUGCAAACCAGCCCCAGGUGGCUCGCUGUCCGCUUGGGAAUUGUUACUUGCCCUUGUUCUCCUCUCUUCUUGGGCAAAGUGCUUUGAGCUGGCUAAUCAAUCUGUUAAUCGCCCGCUUGCCUGUUCCUCUCAGGGGGACCCUUCAGUGGAUUUGGGGAGGUCGUCUUCCGUGAAACUGUUCCCAUGCACACGUUUGCUCGCUACCUCUUCACGGCCAUGCUGCCAUAUGACCCUGAGCUGGCCUACCGCUUGGCCUUGCGAGCCAUGAGGUAUGUAGACCCCCACAUACCCUGCUUCCCCUUCGUUGGGCUUGCUUUAUUUGUAGAGCCACACUUCACAACAAAAGUUUUCUGGGUGGCUCACAAUCCAUUUCUUUCAAAACAUUGAAACGUUGAUUAAAACACAGCUUAUUGUUGUAUUUUUUGAUAAUAAUUUUUAUUAGUUUUCAAUUACAAUCUAAUAAUAGCCUCAUUAUAACAAUGCCAAAUUAUAAUACACUUUCCAAUACCAAUCAUUCAGGUACCAAAUUAUAUAAUUUAGAUGCCCCCCCCCCCGGUGUGCUAGAAUUGAUGGUUUACUUUAUUUCCGCGUUCCAAAAUCUUAUUUAUUUCAAUUACACUCCGGUCAAAACAACAAUCCCUUAUAAAUCAACUUCAUAUUGUCACAUUAAAUAAUUUAUAAUACUACAAGUGAGGCACUCAAGCUAUAUCCUUGUUCUUCCUGUGUGUGGAAAUUAUUCUGUCUGUGGUGUUUCUUCCUGUUUAAAGCUGAGAAGCUGUUUUUAAAAGGUCUGGCUGAAGAGAAGGGUGCUGAAAAGGCCAAUCAAGAUGGCACCAGGCGAACCUCUCUGGGAAGGCUGUUCCAUAGCUGGGGAGGGACCAGGGCCAAUAAGGCCUUCUCCCUAAUGCCUAUUUGCCUCGCCUUCGUUUGGAGAGGGGCAUUCAGAGUCAGGCCUCUGAAAAGGAUAUUGAGGUUCCAGAUGAUACAUAGGAGAAAGUGCUGUUCUCCAGUGGCGGAGGAAGGGGGGGGCAGUCUGACCCAGGUUGUUCUUUGUGGCCAGAAUCCAGCCCAACAGGCCUUGUCCUGCUUUGCUAUGUUUCUCCACUUCCUACCCUCUUCCUCUCCCAGGCCAUCCCAGGCUCUUUUCCAGCUGCUGCCAAAUACCAUCAACCUCAAACAUUGAAAGUAGUUCUGUCCAAAGGGAAGGGCCCCAGGGCCUUACUGCUUCCCAUUUCUGGCUUCUCCACCCUCUUUCCAAAUUCUGUGUUUCCCCCAAAUAUCUGCUUGAGCCUGGCCUUCCUUUCCUGGGAUCCUCUGCUUCUGGCAGGCAAGGCUACCCUGAAAAUAAGACGGUGUCUUAUAUUAAUUUUUGCUCCCAAAGAUGCGCGAGGUCUUAUUUUCAGGGCAUGUCUUAUUUUUCCAUGAAGAAGAACACGGUACACAUUUAUUGUCUAAUUGUGUGUCGGCCAGACUCUGUCAGGGCAGAGUGAGUAGCAGGUGGUAGCUUGUCCAGGCGGCGGCGUGGGCUCUCUGAUUUAAAGAGACCUUGCACUGCCUAAACAGCUCCGGCUGCGCUGCAGCCAAUCAGUAAGCUGCACGGUGGCGCCUGCCACUACAGUCCAGAGGAGUCAGAUGCCUUAUGGUAGCUUCGGGGGGCUUAUAUUCCAGGGAGGCCUUAUGUUCGGGGAGGUCUUAUUUUCGGGGGGAUGCCUUAUAUUACAGCGAGAGGCAAAACUGGAAGUAGGUCUUAUUUUCGGGGGAUGUCUUACGUUCGGGGAAACAGGUUGGUCCCUCUUUUUCUGCCAUGGCGACAACCUCACCCAGUUUCCCUCUCAAUCCCCGCAGGCUGCCUGUGUUGGAGACCGUGCUGCCAGCCAGCGACAUCUUGCACCAGAACCCCCUGGACUCCAUGAUGGCCAAUCGCUUUCCCCGCUGGUUCACCCUCGGCCACCUAGAGACGCGGCAGUGUGAGCUGGCAUCAGCCAUGCUUACAGCAGCUAAAGGUAGUCCCAUCUGUGGAUGGAGGUCAGAGAUCUGGGGGCCACAGGUUUUUCUCCUUCUCUGGAAGGGAGAAGAGCAUCCGUGCUCAGAGCAGUGGGCCAGAGGCGUGGGGUCUAUUCUUGGCUCUGAGAAGAGUAUAAACACUUUCCUUUCCUUGGCUCAUUCUAGGUGACCCCAACUGGCUGCGCAUGGUUCUGGGCUCCAUCCAGCAAAAUAUCCACUCUCCAGCCUUGCUCUUCAAGCUGGCCCAAGAUGCCUGCAAGACGGCCACGCCAGCUAACACGCCGCCAGACACCACCUUGCUUAACAUCUCCCUGGAGCUUGGCCUGCAGGUGAGGGCGCGUUUGAGCAGAUCCUGCGCCCUGCUCUCGGUGCAGGGCCAUCGCCAUAGCCCGGUCCUCUCGGCUCUUCAGUUUUGUUUUGUUUUUUUAAAUAAAUGAAUGGAAAUGUUUUAUUGAAGAUUUGCAAGUAAACUGUAAACAGAUAAGAACAUUGGCAGGAUUAUUGGAAUAACCUGCAGUUUUAUAAGAGUAUAUAUUUAAAGUAGAUGAAUAAAUGAGUAAAUUAAUUUUAUUUGGACUAGGCAGAAAAUAUAAAAAAAUGCUUUAUCAGUACAGAACAUAACAUUUUAAAUCAAAAUAAAGGAUAACUCUGUAUCAUACAGGACAGGUGGCAACCGUAGCUGAGGCAGUCUUAUUGAGGAACUGCCCAUCAGCCAAGUGCCUAAAUGAAUAAUUUUUCUUUUUAUAAAUUAGUGUUUUGUUUAUGAUCUUCAGUUUUAUACAUUUCAAUAAUUUUACAAUAUCUUCAACAUUUCAAAACUCGACUUCCCUCUCUUUCUGUGGUUCCUUAAAUUUGUUUUUUAUAUUUUCCGCCUAUUCCAAAUUAAAUUAAUUUUAGGCUCUUCAGUUUUUACUCGGCAGAUGGAGGAUCCCGAGUGAGAGAGUUCUGCUCAUGAUUUUUGGGCAGGACAAUUUCCAGUCAAAAGCUCUGGUGCGGCUGUUUGAAAUAAUAGAUUCCUUUAGGAUGUGGAUUCUCACUAACCAGGGGCACUUGAGCUUUUUUUAAAAAAGGAAUUUUAAAACAGCAUCUUUGUACCAUUUGCUCAUUUCCCACCCACUAUCCUUGCUGAAAUCAAGUUCCUUCCUGGAUGAGCAAGAGGUUUCUGCAUUCUUGAAAAACCGUAUAAUUUUUAUGGUAAAUGCAUGUUGAACUUGGAUGGGUAGAGUUGAAAGGGACCCUGAGGGUCCGGCCCCAAGUUAAGUGAAAGUCUCCUGCGUUGUCCCCUGGGAGCCAACCGUGUCACAAGGCGCUUUCUUGGAGUUCCUCCUGCCCUUUGAAGGUCUCCUUUUGCAGGUGGGGAACUUGAGAGGGAAGGAAUGGUUUCACCCUAGGGGCACGCAGGGGUGGAAACUGCCUCUUUCCAUGCCUACCACUGGAUUGCAGUGCUGGAUGCUUGUCUGAGACUUCACUUAGUAGUAGGAGCAGCAGCAGCAGCAAGAACAGCCAUCCUAGGAAGGGAGGAGGGAGGGCAUCCCAAGUGGAGCUCCUCAGAUGCCUCGUGGCUCCUUCCGCGCAGUCUUGCAAAUGCCUGUCGCCCGCUGCUCUUCCCGUAGGUGAUGCGAAUGACGCUCAACACCAUGACCUGGCGACGGAGGGAAAUGGUCCGCUGGCUGGUCAGCUGCGCCACUGAGAUUGGUGAGUGCUUGCGAUGCGGCUGCUGGGGCAGGUGGUCACUCUGCCGCAAAAAUGUCCUUGGUGGCCGCAAUAAGGAAACUUUGUCCCUGGCAUGAUUAUUUUCCACCUAGUCUUUUGCGAGAUUGAAUAUCCUGCCUUCGGCUGUGCUUGAGGGUCGGUUUCAAAAAAAUUCCACUGGAAAAACGGUUAUGUCCCUGUGGAGAUGGCAGUAUGGAGUCAGUGGCUCAUGUGCUUUUGGCUUGGACUCUAUGAAGAUUUGAGGAGUGAGGUUAUUACCCCUCUAUUAUUGUCCAUGCCAGGUUGCUCAACCAUUGCCGCUGUGUCCUUUCUUUUAGCAGAUCAAUAAUAAUAAUCAUUUUUUAUUUAUACCCCGCCCUCCCCAGCCAAGACUGGGCUCAGGGCGGCUAACAACCAAUAAUAAAAACAAGUAGAUUGAAAUACAACUUAAAAAACAAGAUUAAAACACAACAUUAAAACAUUAAAAUGCAGCCUCUUCACAGGAGGAGAAAGGAAAAAAGAAAGAGGGGGAGGGAAUCAAAUUGAUUCCAAGCCAAAGGCCAGGCGGAACAACUCUGUCUUACAGGCCCUGCGGAAAGAAAUCAGAUCCCGCAGGGCCCUGGUCUCAUGAGACAGAGCGUUCCACCAGGCCGGAGCCAGUGUUGAGAAGGCCCUGGCUCUGGUUGAGGCUAAUCUGACUUCCUUAGGGCCCGGGACCUCUAAGGUGUUGCUAUUUAUGGACCUUAAGGUCCUCCGUGGGGCAGUCCCAUAGGUACAAGGGUCCUAGGCCGUGAAGAUGAUGAGGUGACCACAAAAACUGCAAGGUGUUUAACGGGGGCAAUUAGAAUAAGAUCUGUUAUUUGAUUAUUGAUGUAAACCCCCAAAAUGUAUUUUCUGUAGUUAAGUUUUUACCUCUAUCUUCAGUACAUUUUUUUUUUAUUGCCCUGGGUAGCGGCUGAUGCAAAUAAAGAUUCUUCUGAUUCCUUUUCCUUGAUGGGUCCUGCUUCUUUCCCACCAAAGAGAUGACAGCCUCUCGGGAGCUGAACCUUUCCUGCUUCCGCUUUGCCCACAGUGCUCAGGGUCCACGCCUUGGGGGUGGGUGCCCUUUGCUUCGUGACUUUUGCGCUUACCCCCCCUUUCCCUUUCAGGUGUCCAGGCCUUGAUGAACAUCAUGCAAAACUGGUACACGCUCUUCACACCUAUUGAGGCUACGACCAUCGUGGCCGUGACGGGCACUACGCACGCGACGCUGCUGAGGCUGAGCCUGAGCACGGUGCAGCGGGAGGAGCUGUGCAGCUGCGCACGGACGCUGGCGCUGCAGUGCGCCAUGAAGGACCCGCAGAACUGUGCGCUGCCGGCUCUGACGCUUUGCGAGAAGAACCACGCGGCCUUUGAGGCGGCCUACCAGAUCGUCCUGGAUUCGGCGGCCUCCGCAGGCAUGGGCCACUCCCACCUCUUCACCGUGGCCCGGUACAUGGAGCACCGCGGGCUGCCCUUGCGCGCCUACAAGCUGGCCACCCUGGCCUUCUCGCACCUCAGCAUCGCCUUCAACCAGGACACCCACCCCGCCCUCAACGACGUCCUCUGGGCCUGCUCCCUCAGCCAGUCGCUGGGCAAGAACGAGCUGGCUGCCAUUGUCCCGCUGGUCAUCAAGAGCGUCCAGUGCGCUCCCAUGCUCUCUGACAUCUUGCACCGCUGGAGCCUUCCGCCCCCGGGCCUUGCCUCACUGGGUGGGGGGCGCCGCGGGGCGGGGGGCGCCGGUGCCGGAGGGAAGCUCUUUGCGAUGGACAAAGCUCCUCUUUGCCAGCUCCUGGAGGCCGCCAUGGCUGCCUACAUCAGCACCACUCACUCGCGCCUCACCCACAUCAGCCCCCGGCACUACGGCGAGUUCAUCGAGUUCCUGGGGAAAGCCCGCGAGACGUUCCUGAUGGCGCACGAAGGGCACAUGCGCUUUAGCCAGUUCCUUGACAACCUCAAACAGACCUACAAGGGCAAAAAGAAACUGAUGUUGCUCGUGCGGGAGCGCUUUGGCUAGGGGCUGCUCUGGGGCGCGCAUGCUUUGGCUGGGGGCGGGGAGGGUGCUCAGAGGGGCACCUCUCUCCCCUUGAUCAGAAGGACUUUAGCUUGGAGGGUGGGGUGGUAAGAUCUGUUUCCCUUGGGGCACUAGUGCUUUGGGGGUGGGUUGAUGAAGCGGAGCCUGGACUUCUGCCUGGGUUCAGAAAUCCCUUUACUUGGAGGUGAGAGAGCAGCGAGGUCUCUCUUCCCUUCGGCGGAGGUGCUCCGGGGCUGUAGCAGAUGGGCCUGCACUUCGGCUGGGGGUCCCAUGUGGAGGCCCUUGGGGUGGGGAGGGUUUUUUCCCCCUGCAACACCUGGGCUGAGCAUAGCCUCUGUUUGAAGCCUGAAGCCCCAGCUGCUCCCUCGGCUGCCUCAGUGGGGCAGGAAGGAGUUGGGCUUGUUCUUUGGCUCCAGGAGUUGCCGGUUUUUCAGUAUUAACUUGCAGGAAUGCAAACAGGAACCCCCCCCCCCCACUUUGGUUGAAGGGUCCAAGCCCUGGCAGGGUCUUGCAAGUGGUGUGUGGGGGGGUCCAGUCCCAUGGAAUUUCACAGCUGCUGUUCUGAUGUCAUAUUUCAAGCCUAGCGAGUCGGUUUGGGCUUUGUUUAUGCAAGCUCAGGUGGGAUGCAUGAAUGCCGAUCAUCUUCCCUGCUGAGACCCGCACGGGCUCUCUCGGUCCCCCCCCCCCCGAUCCCUUUAGGUCCGAAGUCCCAAACCUGUGUGUUGAAGUCUGGAGACUCAAAAUAGGGGCUUGAGUGUCCUUAACAGGCCUGGGGUAGGCGACCCGUCAACUUCUGAUACCUCCUUGCACUGAUAACAUUUGAGUUGCUCUCCCUUCGUGUCGAAAGUAUCUGGAGCUGAGCCCCUAGUGCCAGAAGGGGGGGGGGGGGCCUCGCUGCCGGAGCCAUCUAAGUCCUUCCGGCGCAAAUGUUCUCCAAGAAGUCGAGCGACGAGGGGAACAACUUCCUGCUGGAUGAGCCAGUAGAAGAGUUGCUUUUGGUCUGCUGGUGGUAGGUGGGGCACGUUCUGGGGUUCACCCGGCCCGAUCUAAUGAAGCAAGUAGUUGCCCACAUCCACUGAGGACAGGAACCCUGCUGCGUCCCUUUUGUGGAAUUUCACCUUUGCAAGAGACCAGGAAGGCAUCUGUCUCGGUCCCCAAAAUGGGGUGUCUCGCACACAUUACAUUCCCCCCACCCUGCUGCCACAGAAUGCAACCUGUCACUCCAAGCAAACGGGUUUCUCCAGUCCCUCGCCCAUUCUUUUAUUUGUGCAUUGGGGGGCGCAUCCUCCUCCCCCCUCCUCUUUCGUUUCCAAGCAUGACUCCCUCUCUUCCCCCCACCCCUACCAAAUUCGUCAGUAUUUCAGCUUUCCCUUCGGCUUUUAGCUUGUCAGUGGCAGGUUGGCGCCAGGCCCUACUUGCGGGGGUUGGGGCACUUUAGCCAUUUUUGGGGGGCCCCAGUGUCCUCUUCUGUCCCUGCCCCUCUAGAACUACCUUUGUUUCCAGUUAAUGCCCCUCAGACUCCUACAACUGAAGGAUUCCUGUUCUCUGGCUCCUCCAGUCUAGAAUUCUGGAGCUGCUGGUGGGUAGACAGUUCAUACCUCAAACCUCCUUCCCUGUUUCAGGAUGAUGCUGUGAAGUGCCAGGCAUGCCAGAAAUGUUUUGCCCUUCCAGGUGGCUGUGCCACAGUGAUCCAAUAAACAUCCCCCCCCCAAAAAAAUGCCUUUGGAUGCUUUUCGGGAAGAUCUUGGGGCUCACACCUUGUGCCACACCUGACUUGGUUGGUUGGCGCCUGUUAGAUCUUGCCGCCUGGGUGUCUUGCGCAGCCGGUCCGGUGUUUCCCGUGGAGGAAGGCGGGGGGAGGUCUCUAAGUGGCCCUAGUGGGGUGCUAAAUGGUAUUUCCAGAGACAUCCCGCUCCAAAAUCCCACUUCUUUUUUCUGCUGGAUAAAAUCUACUCAGGAACAAACCACAACAAGCUCAUGCUACUAAUUAGAUUAUUGUGAUGACAAGAUAAUGUUUUAAAAAGUUAAUAUAUAUGAAGAGGCCAGGGGUCCCGAAGGGGCUCCUUUUCGUGCGCAUGGGGCCAAGGGGGCUGCGUCCUGCGCUCAGCCCCUCUUGGCCCUUAGUGUUGGUGGAGAUGUUGGUGUGUUGCACAGCUCCACUUUGGAGCCAGCUAGUCAGUUAGUUUUAAAGUUUCUGGGUUUAUUUCUUUGUUUCCCUGUAUUAAAAAAAAUCCUGUAAUUUUGUAAUUUUUUUUUUCUAUUUAUUGAAUCAUUUAUUGUAUUAUUUUGUAAAAGGUUUAACAUAAACCGCAACAUUUGUUUUUUUGGCU